AAUGAAGUCCUGAAUUUAUUGUAGGCCUAUAACAAAGAUGACGAAAUGCUGUAGCCCAUGGCGUUUGAUCUGUAGAUGGCGCUGGGUACCAAAGCAUACCCAUCACACCCGCAUCAUUUGAUGGAGACACUUGGAUGGAGAGAGAGAGAGAGAGAGAGAGAGGAGGUUCUGCUAGUCACUGCAGUCACGCUCUCUCCCUCUAUUCACGCGCAGUGCACUUGCCUGGCGAUGCUACAGCGGUUCCUCCUCCCUUAUGUAUUGGACUGUACAGCUACAAGAGGCGGGAGAUGCGCAUCAGCAACCCGCUACCCGCCGAAGCUCUCUCCACUUCAGGACGGAAGAGACUAAAUGUAGAUGCAUUCAGGUGCAAACUUGCAUGAACUAAAAAAUAGUCCAUGUCGGGGUUUCGGGAUGUGAGAUAGCUGCACGUAGCCUUUUCUAGGGCUAUAUUUCACUGUUGGACGAGGGAGUCGGCGGCGUCCUCAGCUGUUGCAUUUGGGGGCUGAAGUGUUCGGAGCACAGAGAGAGGUCAGGCAACUAUGCGAUUUGAUUUCGAACGGUAAUUCCGGAUCAGUUUGACUUGUGCGGCUGAUGCGAGCGGAGGUUGACACUCAGUGCCCUCUGAGUUGUAUUUCAAGCCUGUUGUCGCCGGUAUUACCGACAACGGAACCGUAGGGAUGGAAAAAGCUAGUCAGCCACAGCUUUCGCUGUCCAUAACAAAGAGUGAAAGUCCAGCGGAGGACAUCUCAAAUAUACAGGACGAGGACCUUCUCAAGUGGACCAAAGAGGAUUUGGUGCGGCGGCUCCGGCGGUCUGAAGCCGAUAAAAUGAGCGUGAUACUGGACCACAGCAAUCUGAUCCGCGAGGUCAAUCGCAGCCUCCAGCUGCACUUGAACGAGAUAAGAGGGCUGAAGGACAUCAACCAGAAACUACAGGAGGACAACCGGGAGCUGAGGGACCUGUGUUGCUUCCUGGAUGACGACCGUCAGAAGGGCAAGCGGGUGUCCAGGGAGUGGCAGCGACUGGGGCGCUACAGUGCCUCCAUCAUGAGGAAAGAGGUGACGUUAUACCUUCAGAAGCUCAAGGAGCUGGAAGUGCGGCAGGACGAGGUGGUCCGGGAGAACCUGGAUCUCAAAGAACUCUGUUUGUUACUCGACGAGGAGAAAGGAGGAGGUGGUGGAGGGGUGGGGGUUGGUGGAGGAGGAGGAGGGGGGGGAGGUUGUGUGGUGGGGGUGGCAGGAGGGUGUAGGAAUUCUAUCGAUAGCCAGAGUAGUUUGUUGCUGGUCCCUGGGACAGGGUUGUUGAUGAGGGACGUGGGGGAUGGGAGUAGUACGUCUAGCGCGGGGAGUGCCGACAGCUCCGAUCACCCCCACCACAAGCUGCUCCACCUGGCUACACACGCCGGUAGCCUCGGGGGCGGUGGAACUGGGAGCCCGGAGCAUCUCCAAAAGCCCCGAGCUGGCAGUGUGAGUGGAGAACGUGAGAUCCCCUCCAGCCCUGAACCUCCUCACCCACAGGGCAGGCACCGUAGCACCAGCCUGGAGUAUCCGUACGCCAUGCCCCAGAUCUGCCGGCCCCGCUGCGGCUCCAUCUCUGUGCCCGACCACACCCAUAGCGGCCGCUCCAUGCGGGGGCUCAGCCCCGAGAAGUACGGCCGCAACGUGGGCCGCCGGAGCCCCGAGUCCCAGCACCCAUCCACCAAGCACCACCACCUCCACGGCUCCGACCUGCUUCUCUCCCAGAAACAGCAGCACCUCCUGGGGUCGGGUCAGGGCGGCAGCGCCGGGGAGCUCUACCAGAGGCACCACAGGGGGAGCAUCGGGGGUGGUAGCUGCUGUGGAAGCCCCGAGCCCAGACAGGCACAUCUAGGGUUGGGGACGCCAGAGCACCAGCACCAUGAGAAGGGCUGUGUGAUGUCGGCCGGGGGAAGUCCAGAGACUCACAGGCACCAGUAUAGUGGGAGUCCAGACCACAUGAAGUUCGGCAGCCCUGGGAGAGAGGUACAGAAGAGACCGGCCACCGCUGAAGAGCUGUCACCGCAUCACAGGAGCAUGUACAACGGCAUGAACGGUAGGUGUUAUAAGACUGGUAUAAGACUGUUACAAGGACUGUUAUAAGGCUAGUAUAAGAAUACAGGGGUUAAUUGAGAUUUCAAAGAAGUACUCAUUCACAAACAAACAGUAUGCACGCACACAGACAGACAGACAGACAGACAGACAGACAGGCAGGCAGGCAGGCAGGCAGGCAGGCAGGCAGGCAGGCAGGCAGGCAGACAGACAGACAGACAGACAGACAGACAGACAGACAGACAGACUACAGUCACCCCAACCACAUAUACCAGGGAAGUACUGUAAUCUGAAAUUCAGGAAGUAAACUGAAAUUCCAAAUAAAUAAUUGAAUAAAGGGCAUUUAUUUUCAAUGACUUUUUCAAUAAAUGAAAAACUAGAAAGAUAUAUAUUUCAAAGGGUUUUACAUUUCUGAAUGUUAGAUUGAAAUCACUUCCUGAAUUGACUGGCUUCAAUUUAAGUGGACCCCAACCCUGACACAUACAGACCCUUAUACAUUGACUGUACAAAACAUUAAGAACACCUGCUCUUUCCAUUACAUACCAGGUGAAUCCAGUUGAAUGAUGUGAUCCCUUAUUGAUGUCACUUGUUAAAUCCACUUCAAUCAGUGUAGAUGGAGAGGAGACAGGUUAAAGAAGUAUUUUUAAACCUUGAGACAAUUGAGACAUGGAUUGUGUCCUGUAUGUGUGCCAUUCAGAGGAUGAAUGGGAAACAUCAAAUAUUUAAAUGCAUUUAAACAGGGUAUGGUAAUAGAUGCCAGACACACCGGUUUGUGUCAAGAACCGCAACGCUGCUAGGUUUUUCACUCUCAACAGUUUCCCGUGUGUAUCAAGAAGGGUCCACCACCCAAAGGACAUCCAGCCAACUUGACACAACUGUGGGAAGCAUUGGAGUCCACAUGGGUCAGCAUCCUAAUGGAACGCUUUCAAUACCUUGUAGAGUCCAUGGCCUGACAAAUUGAGGCUGACAAAUUCUGAUUGCAAAGGGGGGGAUGCAACACAAUAUUAGGAAGGUGUUUCUAAUGUUUAUUAUACUCAGUGUACAUUUCACAUUUCUUCUCCAUUUUUCAUUAGCUACGUGGUUUAUAAAAGUCCCACGAAAAAAAGUUUGCUCAGAGAAAUAGAGACAGAGAACAAGAAAGAGAUUGAGAGAUGUAGUGAACUGAUGUAAUUACAUGAGAAAAACUGACAAGAACUCCCCGUUGCUGUGAUUAGAAUCCAUUAGAUGUGUAGAACCAUAUCUCUGGAGGUAUUGGAUGGGAAUUGAAGGGUGCUGGGAAUAGAGGCUUGAUAUGAAUGAGGUUGAAUGAAGCUUGGAUGUUUCUAGUGGAAUCCAAGGCAUCUCCAAAUCAACUGCACUUAAAGGCACACUGAGGUGUAGGCUAUAGUGUAGUAAGACCUUCUCGUAAUAAGUCAUUCCCCUUAACUUCCCCUCCCACCUCCACUUCAACUGUUUCACUAACAUACUUCCUCGUUCUGCCAAAUCUGCGGUGGUUUCCACCCAUCUCAUUGGGAGCUCCGCAGGUCUUAGGGUGCCAGGGAGAGAAUAUCAAAGUACCCCCUUGGCUGGUGUUUAAAUAACCCCCCGGUGGCUGAUGAGGAUUUCUCUAGCUGAGGUAAAUGUGCUGAGUGGCUCUGCUUGGCAGAGAGAGGAAGGUAGGGAUGAAGAGGACAUAGAGGGGUAGCGAGAGAGAGAGAAGCCACAGGACAUUUUCCGCAAGGUGUAAUAUUUGCCUUACUUUGCAAUAUAGAGCAAAACAUAUAGAACCGUAGCAUACGUAUUAUCUACAUUUUAGUACAACUAACCACUGUCCCCAGAAUAGGCUAAUAGUAGUCGUUUCCUACAAAUUUGACCUUACUUUGCAAUAUGGAACUAACCAUAUGAUAGAUCCGUACAAUCUAGAUUAGAAGAACUAACUACUGCUCAAGAAUACGCAGGACUGAAGUAGAAGUACACAUGUUUGACUAGUUUUGAACUUUCAUUUGCCUAACUUUGCAAAAUGGAGAAAAAUGCAUAGGCGUAGAACUAUUUUAUCUAGAUUAGACCAACUAAUGCCCAAAUAAAGCCUAGACUAGUAGUAAUAGUAGUAGUAGCAGUAGUUGUAGUUGUAGUAGCAGCAGCAGCAGUAGUAUUGCUAGUGGUAGUAAUAGUAGCAGCAGUUAUAGUACAAAUAGUAAUAGCAGUAGUAGUAGUAGUAGCAGUAGCAGUACUAGUAGUAGUAGUAGUAAUAGUUGGUGUAGUAGCAGCAGUAGUAUUAGUAGUAGUAAUAGCAGUAGUAGUAGUAGCAGCAGUAGUAUUAGUAGUAGUAGUAGCAGCAGUAGCAGUAGUAGUAAUAGUAACAUUAGUAGUAGUAGUAGUAGUAGUAGCAGUAGUAGUAGUAGUUGUUGUAGUAGCAGCAGUAGUAGUAGUAGCAUCAGUAGCAGUAGUAGUAGCAGCAGCAGCAGCAGUAGCAGUAGUAGUAGU